UUUUUUCACAUGGUAAUUGACCGGGGGGGGGGGGGAAGGAUAAAACUGAGUGCGGGACUUGGUCUGGCCAUUUCCGAGCGGGAUGGCGCUGUGGCUGCUGACUGGCGUGCUGGUCCUGCUAGCUGUGUGUAGACCCACAUUUCAGGGAGGGGUCUACUUGCCUACUGGGGCUGGGGUAGGAACUGAAGCAAGACCAGGAACGUUUGGGUUGGGAGCUGGAGGACUGGCCACAGGGGCCCAAGGUUUAGGUACUAGGCUGGUACCUGGUGGUUUGGGAACUGGUGGAGUAGGAACUGGUGGACUGCUGCCUGGUGGAUUAGGACCAGCUGGAGUUAGACCAGGUGGACUGAUUCCUGGUGGAGUUGCAGCUGGUGGUCUAGGUGGCCUGGGAUUUGGGACAGGGGUUGGUGGUAAACCUGGCAAGACAGGUGUAGGUACUGGACUGGUACCUGGUGGAGUAGGACCUGGAGGUCUAUUUCCUGGUGGAGUAGGACCUGGAGGUCUAUUUCCUGCUGGAGUAGGACCUGGAGGUCUACUUCCUGGUGGAGUAGGACCAGCUGGUGUCGGAAUUGGUGGAAUAGGAACUGGUGGACUUCUGCCUGGUGGAGUAGGACCAGGUGGAUUUAGACCUGGUGGACUGAUUCCAGGUGGAGUUGGAACUGGUGGUCCAGGUGGCCUGGGACUUGGGACAGGGGUUGGUGGUAAACCUGGCAAGACAGGUGUAGGUACUGGACUGGUACCUGGUGGAGUAGGACCUGGAGGUCUAUUUCCUGCUGGAGUAGGACCUGGAGGUCUACUUCCUGGUGGAGUAGGACCUGGAGGUCUACUUCCUGGUGGAGUAGGACCUGGAGGUCUACUUCCUGGUGGAGUAGGACCAGCUGGUGUCGGAAUUGGUGGAUUAGGAACUGGUGGAUUACAGCCUGGUGGAGUAGGACCAGGUGGAGUUAGACCUGGUGGACUGAUUCCUGGUGGAGUUGGAGCUGGUGGUCUAGGUGGCCUGGGACUUGGGACAGGGGUUGGUGGUAAACCUGGCAAGACAGGUGUAGGUACUGGACUGGUACCUGGUGGAGUAGGACCUGGAGGUCUAUUUCCUGCUGGAGUAGGACCUGGAGGUCUACUUCCUGGUGGAGUAGGACCAGCUGGUGUCGGAAUUGGUGGACUAGGAACUGGUGGAUUACAGCCUGGUGGAGUAGGACCAGGUGGAGUUAGACCUGGUGGACUGAUUCCAGGUGGAGUUGGAACUGGUGGUCUAGGUGGCCUGGGACUUGGGACAGGGGUUGGUGGUAAACCUGGCAAGAUAGGUGUAGGUACUGGACUGGUACCUGGUGGAGUAGCACCUGGAGGUCUAUUUCCUGCUGGAGUAGGACCUGGAGGUCUACUUCCUGGUGGAGUAGGACCUGGUGGUGUCGGAAUUGGUGGACUAGGAACUGGUGGAUUACAGCCUGGUGGAGUAGGACCAGGUGGAGUUAGACCUGGUGGACUGAUUCCAGGUGGAGUUGGAACUGGUGGUCUAGGUGGCCUGGGACUUGGGACAGGGGUUGGUGGUAAACCUGGCAAGAUAGGUGUAGGUACUGGACUGGUACCUGGUGGAGUAGGACCUGGAGGUCUAUUUCCUGCUGGAGUAGGACCUGGAGGUCUAUUUCCUGCUGGAGUAGGACCUGGAGGUCUAUUUCCUGCUGGAGUAGGUCCUGGAGGUCUAUUUCCUGGUGGAGUAGGACCUGGUGGUCUACUUCCUGGUGGAGUAGGACCUGGUGGUGUCGGAAUUGGUGGACUAGGAACUGGUGGAUUACAGCCUGGUGGAGUAGGACCAGGUGGAGUUAGACCUGGUGGACUGAUUCCAGGUGGAGUUGGAACUGGUGGUCUAGGUGGCCUGGGACUUGGGACAGGGGUUGGUGGUAAAUUUGGCAAGACAGGUGUAGGUACUGGACUGGUACCUGGUGGAGUAAGACCUGGAGGUCUAUUUCCUGGUGGAGUAGGACCUGGAGGUCUACUUCCUGGUGGAAUAGGACCAGCUGGUGUCGGAAUUGGUGGACUAGGAACUGGUGGACUUCUGCCUGGUGGAGUAGGACCAGGUGGAGUUAGACCUGGUGGACUGAUCCCAGGUGGAGUUGGAGCUGGCGGUCUAGGUGGCCUGGGACUUGGGACAGGGGUUGGUCGUAAACCUGGGAAGACAGGUGUAGGUACUGGACUGGUACCUGGUGGAGUAGGACCUGGAGGUCUAUUUCCUGGUGGAGUAGGACAUGGAGGUCUACUUCCUGGUGGAGUAGGACCAGCUGGUGUCGGAAUUGGUGGACUUCUGCCUGGUGGAGUAGGACCAGGUGGAGUUAGACCUGGUGGAGUGAUUCCAGGUGGAGUUGGAGCUGGUGGUCCAGUUGGCCUGGGACUUGGGACAGGGGUUGGUGGUAAACCUGGCAAGAUAGGUGUAGGUACUGGACUGGUACCUGGUGGAGUAGGACCUGGAGGUCUAUUUCCUGCUGGAGUAGGACCUGGAGGUCUACUUCCUGGUGGAGUAGGACCAGCUGGUGUCGGAAUUGGUGGACUAGGAACUGGUGGACUUCUGCCUGGUGGAGUAGGACCAGGUGGAGUUAGACCUGGUGGAGUCAUUCCUGGUGGAGUUGGAGCUGGUGGUCUAGGUGGCCUGGGACUUGGGACAGGGGUUGGUGGUAAACCUGGCAAGACAGGUGUAGGUACUGGGCUGGUACCUGGUGGAGUAGGACCUGGAGGUCUACUUCCUGGUGGAGUAGGACCAGCUGGUGUCGGAAUUGGUGGACUAGGAACUGGUGGACUUCUGCCUGGUGGAGUAGGACCAGGUGGAGUUAGACCUGGUGGAGUGAUUCCAGGUGGAGUUGGAGCUGGUGGUCCAGUUGGCCUGGGACUUGGGACAGGGGUUGGUGGUAAACCUGGCAAGAUAGGUGUAGGUACUGGACUGGUACCUGGUGGAGUAGGACCUGGAGGUCUAUUUCCUGCUGGAGUAGGACCUGGAGGUCUACUUCCUGGUGGAGUAGGACCUGGAGGUCUACUUCCUGGUGGAGUAGGACCAGCUGGUGUCGGAAUUGGUGGACUAGGAACUGGUGGAUUACAGCCUGGUGGAGUAGGACCAGGUGGAGUUAGACCUGGUGGACUGAUUCCAGGUGGAGUUGGAACUGGUGGUCUAGGUGGCCUGGGACUUGGGACAGGGGUUGGUGGUAAACCUGGCAAGACAGGUGUAGGUACUGGACUGGUACCUGGUGGAGUAGGACCUGGAGGUCUAUUUCCUGCUGGAGUAGGACCUGGAGGUCUACUUCCUGGUGGAGUAGGAUCUGGAGGUCUACUUCCUGGUGGAGUAGGACCAGCUGGUGUCGGAAUUGGUGGACUAGGAACUGGUGGACUUCUGCCUGGUGGAGUAGGACCAGGUGGAGUUAGACCUGGUGGACUGAUUCCUGGUGGAGUUGGAGCUGGUGGUCUAGGUGGCCUGGGACUUGGGACAGGGGUUGGUCGUAAACCUGGCAAGACAGGUGUAGGUACUGGACUGGUACCUGGUGGAGUAGGACCUGGAGGUCUAUUUCCUGGUGGAGUAGGACCUGGAGGUCUACUUCCUGGUGGAGUAGGACCAGCUGGUGUCGGAAUUGGUGGACUAGGAACUGGUGGACUUCUGCCUGGUGGAGUAGGACCAGGUGGAGUUAGACCUGGUGGAGUGAUUCCAGGUGGAGUUGGAGCUGGUGGUCCAGUUGGCCUGGGACUUGGGACAGGGGUUGGUGGUAAACCUGGCAAGAUAGGUGUAGGUACUGGACUGGUACCUGGUGGAGUAGGACCUGGAGGUCUAUUUCCUGCUGGAGUAGGACCUGGCGGUCUACUUCCUGGUGGAGUAGGACCAGCUGGUGUUGGAAUUGGUGGACUAGGAACUGGUGGACUUCUGCCUGGUGGAGUAGGACCAGGUGGAGUUAGACCUGGUGGAGUCAUUCCUGGUGGAGUUGGAGCUGGUGGUCUAGGUGGCCUGGGACUUGGGACAGGGGUUGGUGGUAAACCUGGCAAGACAGGUGUAGGUACUGGACUGGUACCUGGUGGAGUAGGACCUGGAGGUCUAUUUCCUGCUGGAGUAAGACCUGGAGGUCUACUUCCUGGUGGAGUAGGACCCGCUGGUGUCGGACUUGGUGGACUAGGAACUGGUGGAUUUCUGCCUGGUGGAGUAGGACCAGGAGGAGUUAGACCUGGUGGACUGAUUCCUGGUGGAGUUGGAGCUGGUGGUCUAGGUGGCCUGGGACUUGGGACAGGUGGAGCUGGAGGAACAGGACUGGGAGGGGUUGGUCCAGGAGGAGUAGCAGGGCCAGGUGCAGCUGGAGUUCCUGUUUUUCCCCAAACUGGUCUGCCAGUAGGGGGCACCAGAGGGAAGGCCUCAAAAGUACCAGGUGUGGGAAUUCCUGGACUCUAUCAGCGUGGACUUGUACCAGCGCAAGGUCUUGGCGGUUGGGGGACAGUGCCUGGUGUAGUGACAGGGGCAGAACUUCAGCCACAAGGGACGGGCCAACUUGGGCAGGGUAUAUACGGAGCUAAUGGAGGUCGUGAGGCAUUUCUGCGCCAGCCAGGAAUCUUCAGCGGCUACCCCCUGACCUCCCCCAAAAUUCAGGGUGUGGGUGCACUCAGUCUGGCUAAAGCCCAGGCCAAAGCAGCUAAAUACGGAGGCAUUGGUAGAAUUCCUGGAGGAAUUGGUGGAGUUCCCGGAGGAGUUGCUGGCCUUCCCGGAGGAGUUGGUGGCCUUCCUGGAGGAGUUGCUGGCCUACCUGGAGGAACUGGUGGCCUACCUGGAGGAGUUGCUGGCCUUCCUGCAGGAGUUGCUGGCCUACCUGGAGGAGUUGGUGGAGUUCCUGGAGGUGUUGCGGGUGUCCCUGGAGGAGUUGGUGGAUUUCCUGGAGGAACGGGUAUAGUUCCUGGAGGCGUUGCUGGUCUUCCUGGUGUAGUUGGUGGAAUUCCAGGUGUUUCUGGUGAUCCCAGAGGAAUUCCAGGAAGUCUAGGAAUACCUGGAGGUGUGGGUGCACUCAGCCUGGCUAAAGCCCAGGCCAAAGCAGCUAAAUACGGAGGCAUCGGUAGAAUUCCUGGAGGAGUUGGUGGAGUUCCCGGAGGAGUUGCUGGCCUACCUGGAGGAGUUGGUGGAGUUCCUGGAGGUGUUGCGGGUGUCCCUGGAGGAGUUGGUGGAGUUCCUGGAGGUGUUGCGGGUGUCCCUGGAGGAGUUGGUGGAGUUCCUGGAGGUGUUGCGGGUGUCCCUGGAGGAGUUGGUGGAGUUCCUGGAGGAACUGGUGUAGUUCCUGGAGGCGUUGCUGGUCUUCCUGGUGUAGUUGGUGAUCCCAGAGGAAUUCCAGGAAGUCUAGGAAUACCUGGAGGUGUGGGUGCACUCAGCCUGGCUAAAGCCCAGGCCAAAGCAGCUAAAUACGGAGGCAUCGGUAGAAUUCCUGGAGGAGUUGGUGGAGUUCCCGGAGGAGUUGCUGGCCUUCCCGGAGGAGUUGGUGGCCUUCCUGGAGGAGUUGGUGGAGUUCCCGGAGGAGUUGCUGGCCUUCCUGGAGGAGUUGCUGGCCUACCUGGAGGAGUUGGUGGAGUUCCUGGAGGUGUUGCGGGUGUCCCUGGAGGAGUUGGUGGAGUUCCUGGAGGAACUGGUGUAGUUCCUGGAGGCGUUGCUGGUCUUCCUGGUGUAGUUGGUGAUCCCAGAGGAAUUCCAGGAAGUCUAGGAAUACCUGGAGCAUAUGGAGCAAGUGCUAAAGCACGUAAAUAUGCUGCUGGCAUUGGACCGAGUGCUGGAUUUCCUGGAGGACUUCCCGGGGGGGUGCCUGCUUCUGGUUUUGGAGUUGGAGCGAUAGGAAUCCCAGGAGGUGCAGUACCCGGAUUAGGAGGGGUACCAGGAGGUGCAGUACCCGGAUUAGGAGGGGUACCAGGAGGUGCAGUACCCGGAUUAGGAGGGGUACCAGGAGGAAUCCCAGGAGGUGCAGUACCUGGAUUAGGAGGGGUACCAGGAGCUGCAGUACCUGGAUUAGGAGGGGUACCAGGAGGAAUCCCAGGAGCUGCAGUACCUGGAUUAGGAGGGGUACCAGGAGGAAUCCCAGGAGGUGCAGUACCUGGAUUAGGAGGGGUACCAGGAGGGGUACCAGGGCAUCCAGGGGCUGGUGCUGGAGGGUAUCCCGGUGGGCUCAAAGCUCUUAAAUAUGGUCCAGGCGGAGUCGCAGGAGGAUUUGGCAUUCCCGGUGCAGUUCCAGGUCUUGGAUAUGGAUUCGGACCUGGUGCCGGACUCGUCCCUGGUGCUGGAGGGGUUCCAGGGGCUGGACCCGUCCCAGGAGUCGCAGGAGUUCCAGGUUCUGUAGGGAUCCCACAGAUUGGAUUUGGAGUUGGGCCUGGAGGGUAUGGUGGAGGCGUUAAGCCCCCAAAACCUGGGUAUGGUGGAGGCGUUAAGCCCCCAAAACCUGGUGUCCCUGCUGUGGGCGAAGGGGUUCUGGGAGGAAUAGGUGUGGAUCGAACCUCUAGCACGGCAUCUGGAGGUGCCGCAACAAGGGUCCCGGGAACCACUGGAGCACCACUCGUGGACAGUGGAAAGCCAGCAAAGGGACCAACGCAGGCACCUGGAGAAACUAAAAUCUUAGGAGCGACGGCCACUGUUGUGGCUGACACAGCUCCAUCGCCCAGUGUUGGAGAUGUUGUGGCAGGUACAGAACUACUGAAACUAGACGCUGGAACGAGCAUCAGCGCUGGUGUUGCUUCUGGUUCUGGUGUUAGUCCUGGUGCUGCUGCUGGUUCUGGAAGUGGAACCGAGUCACUGCCGAGAGCCAAGCCUCUAAACUCUCCAGUCGAUGGAUCUGAGGGAACAGGCAGCUCACAAAAAGAAGCCAAAAACAAUGGCCUCCGGGGAUUACUGGGUGGAAGCAGUUAUGGAGAGGGUUCUGGAUGUCAAGGCAGAUCCUGUGGGAGAAGAAAGUGAGAGAACUUCAGCAUAUCGAGACCUCAAGACAUUUUGACACACAGAGUCUGAAGAUGUGUGGCUGCUACUUUAAAAACUGUGCAAGUGAAGCUGUUGCAGCGUAAAAGUAGGCGUGUCCCGUUUGGCAUUUAGUAUUUUGGCGUUUAACUUGUCAGCAAUUUGUACGUGUCAUUAUAUGGACGUUAUUCUGCAUUAACGUAUAAGCCGGUACCUAUGCAAUCAUGGCAUUAAACUUUCAAAUUGUGUUCUAUACAUACAUUUUUUAUUUUAUUAAAAAUGUAACACUGAAAUUAACUGAUUAAAUUAUUAUGACUACAAUGCCUCAUGAGUCAUAAAUAGGGAAUAAGCGUAUAUAGGAAGAGAUACUUACACAACUGCCAUGUUUUGUUAUUGCGUGGUUACAGUGCUUUUCUGAUUUUUGGAAACCGUAUAAAUGCAAUUCCCGAAUAGGAGUCGUGAUGUUUUUGUACACGUUCUAGUUAACAUUUAUGAUUGUAUGGUAAACGUGUGCAACAUUUGUAAUCUUGUUCUAAGUCAAUGUUUACUGUGAUAAUCAGGACUAAUGUUUUUAAAUCGCUUUUCUACCUACUUGCUCAUUAGGCUGCGUUAUUUAAAAAAUAACAUUUUUAUAAUGUUUUUAAAUAAUAUUAUUAACAUUCAAGGGUGUCCCCGGAGCGUACCCACGAGGUCUGUACUAUAAAAUGUGUCAGGCCAACAGGCUUAACCUGUUCCAGCUCUGAGCGGAUGGUGUGUUAACAUUUUAAUUGUUUUAAAACAAGUUGUAUAAGGCAAGUAAAAGUCACGCAUUGCAGACUUUCCACCGGGUAAAUACUAAUGGUGUGGUGGGAACGAUCAAUGCAUGUUUUUGUUGAAUACUUCUGAUUAUUUGUUGGAAUCGCCCAGCAUUAUAAUUGAUUAAAAAUUAACGUAAUAAAGUAUUUUUCUGCGUGAA